AUGAGUUAAUUAGAGGAAAAAUUCGAAUUGUCUUAGACAGACUCAGCGAGACUAAGCACUCACAUCAAUAAUAAAUCUCGCUAGAACAUCCAAGCUUAUAAAACUAGUAAAGAAGUCAAAUUAAAGCAAUAAAAGCUGAAUUCAAGGAACAUUAAUAUGCAUGGAGGCAUGAGCAAUGAUAUUUCUCCAAGAAUGUCUAUAAAUACGUCAUCUGCAAUGUCUAAGCAAACAUAAGAUGCAAAUUUUGACAGACUAUAUAACAAUUUUAAGAUGUAUGAGUAGAGGCGGAACAUCAAGCUUGAGAAAUUGCAAUAGGAGGAACUUUUGAAGAUGUAAGAUAAGCCUCAGAUUACAUAAAAAUCAGAGACAAUAAUGAAGUCAAAGGCAGAUAGACUGCCUAUCUACUCUGAGAAAAGAAUAAAGAAAGAGAGGAUUAUGAAGGAAUAGAUGGAGAUUUAAUUGAAACUUUAAAAUUAAGACCAUAAGGAAGAAGUGAUAGAGGAAAAAUCUCCCUCAAAAAUCAACCCUGAAAGAUUCAUUCAAAACAUGGAAUAAAGGCAAGCUAAGUUUAAAAGCAAAUGGAAUCAAAACAAGAAACUUGACUCAGUAACAAGGAAUGAAGUUUUCCCGCAUAAACCAUUGAUUAAUGAUUAUAAUAAAACUCAAAAACUGUUUAAUAGCUCGUUAAGGUCAACAAAGCUUUCUGGCCUUCAGGAAAAAUCAGGCUUAAUAAAAAUGCAAGAAUAUUAAGAAUUGAAAACUGAGAGACUUUAAAAGAACUCUGAACUUCUACUGAGCCAAACAUGUACAUUUAAGCCAUCAAUUAAUAAAGAGUACAAGCCCAAAAAGGUUUAGAAGAGUAAAGAGACCAGUUAUAAGGCAUUUCAAUAAAUAUUCUCUGAAUUCAAGCAUUCUGAUGAUAUACUUGGACUGCUGUAAGGAUACUCUGCCAAUUGA